AUGGUUGACUGCGGGAGUAAAAUUAUCAAAAUUCUGCUGGGAGUGUUUAACCUUCUUUGGCUGCUACUUGGCGGUGGUGUCAUCUACAUUGGAUACCGACUAGUCAAGUGGGACAAGGAGUUUGAUGGAGCAGUCGACCUGGCGAAAAUCAACUUCACAUCAAUUUCCAUCGUCAUUCUCGGCAUUGGCAUUGUAAUUGCUCUGAUCAGCUUUCUUGGAUUCUUUGGUGCCUGUUGCGAAAACUCGUUUAUGCUUCAAGCGUAUGGUUUCCUGAUGGUUCUCAUGAUUGGCGCUCAGAUUUACGCCCUUGUUGUUUCAAUUAAAAACAAUGGAAACAUUCAAACUGAUAUUACAAAAGGAAUUAAGGAUGCUAUAAAGCAAAUCAACAAGGACCACAAGACGGCUUUCAUCCUUGAAACUCUUCAGUAUAAUCUAAAAUGUUGCGGUGCCACAGGGCGAGGCGAUUAUACUAACACAACCGACACCCAACUUCCUGGAUCGUGCUGCGGCAUUAAACCAGUUCACGAAGACAAAGAAAAUGAAAAAUGUGGAAACAAGACUCCCUAUACUGAGGGCUGUUUAGAAAAGCUGCACUUUGACCAGAUUCAGACGCUCUUCAAGGGCACAAUCGGCGUUG